CGCCAUCGCAGAAUGCGGAAAGUAUACUCCUUCUCUACCCCAGACAUCCUCAACGGCAAGCUCCUCGAUGAAGGGCGACCCAUCUUUCACAGCAACACGACCAAGGCCGGGAUAUUCAGACGCGAACUAAAGAUCACCACUCUUCGCGCCGAGGAUGGGUCCGGCGUGUCUGCGUUCUUGGACUGGCGUGCACGUCAAUUGAGGAUAAAUGGGAAACUCCUCGACAUCAACUGGGACGUGAUCAAUCGGCAAGGAACCCUGGUCUGGAAGUGGGAGGACAUUCGGUAUGAGGUCAGCUUUCAGGGCACCCAGUGGAUGGCGAAGGGCGUCCGGGCCGUCGAUAAGGUGGUAGCCCGCCUGGACUUACCCCUCGAUGGCGACCCAAAGCUGAUCCAGGAGCUCGAGCUAUCGCCGGCGAACCUGGCUUGCUUCCUGCUCAUAUUAUUGUACUCGGAGACGCGUGUGGAGAAGUACCCGCGGAAAAUCACGGGCUGGCGCACCAACUAUGGCGGAAGCGGUGGCGGCAGCAGCAGCAGCAACAACUGGCAGAGUAACGGGGGAAGUACAUGGGGCAAUGAUGGCGGCGUGAGCUGGAGCUAUGGCGCAGGCGGCGGUGAUUGCGAUGGCGGCGGUCAUAGAGGCGGUGGAGGCGACAGCGGUGGAGGAUAUGGUGGCGGGGGCGACAGUGGUGGGGGAAGCAGCAGUGGCGGUGGAGGCGGAGGAGACGGUGGUGGUGGUGGGGGUGGCGGCGGCGGCGAUGGGGGUUGUAGCUGAGAGGGAAGCGGUUGAAUCAAUUGAGGGAAGACGGAAAUGUAUUUGGUAUCAAAGCUUUCAGAAGUCGUCGGUGGACAGCCUCCAGGACGCGCCCGUGGCUGAACUUGGUCAUCGCUUGAUCAUGCAUAUGGAUUCUUCUCAACACCAGCUGUACUUUAUACUCGAAUCGCCAUUGGCAUCACUC